GAGGACGGGCCGGAGAACACGUUCGUGGACGGGCCGGAGGGCACGUUCGUGGAGGAGGAGGGCCGGAGGGCCCGUUUGUAGAAGAGGACACGUUCGUGGAGGAUGGGAUCGCGGACGGGCCGGAGGACGCGUUCGAGGUUCGAGGUGGAGGAGGGCGUGGAGGAGGACAACACGGAGGCGUUCGAGGAAACGUUCGAAGUGGAGGAGGUAAAUCAGAAGAUCGCGGGUGACGUGGUGGAGGAGAUGGACGAGGACGAGAUCGAGAAGGAGGUGGAGGAGGUCACGGAGGUGGACGCGAAGGACGUUCAGGAGGACGUCGUCGUGGAGGAGGAGAUGGGCGUGCCGGAGGACGUGGUGGAGGAGAUGGAGGCGGAGCUUUCGGACUCCCGCGCCGACGAAGUCGCCAAGUCCCGGACCGACGCCAGCACCGUCAAGCUCACCGACUCCUCCACCGUCAUGCCCUCGGACUCCUGCGCCGACGAGUUCGCCAAUUCCCGCGCCGACACCAGCGCCGUCAAGCUCGCCGACCCCUGCGCCGGAACGGAGUCCUGCGCCGACGAGUUCGCCAACUCCCGGGCCGACACUAGCACCGUCAAGCUCGCCGACUCCUGCGCCGUCAAGCUCACCAACUCCUGCGUCGACCGCCGGGAAGUCGAGGAGGAGGGCAAGAUCGAGGUGGGGGGUGGAGCUCGAGGACGGGGUCUUCGAGGCGGAGGAGGACUUCGAAGAGGGCGUCGAGGAGUUCGAAGAGGUCGUCGAGGAGGAGAUGCAAGAGGUCAAGGAGAAGUUCGACGACAAGGAGGACGAGGUGGAGGAGAUGAACGAGAUCGAGAGGGGGGCGGAGGAGGUCACGGAGGCGAUCGAGGAGGCUCCCUCCACCUAUCCGCCCCGCACAUCUACGCGAAGAGCCUCGAGUCCAUGAUGCCCAUGCGGAGAGGCAUGUCGUUCCUGAACGUCGGCUCUGGCACCGGCUACUUCAACUCGGUCGUCUCCGAGCUCACCGGCAGCGCGGCCACGAACCACGGGGUCGACAUCCAUCCCGAGACGGUGGCGCACGCCAACGGUUGCUGCCAGCGGCUCGGCAAGCAGCACAUCGCCUUCACGGUUGGCAACGUCUACCAGCUGAACGUGCGGGAGACCAUGCGGUACGACCGCAUCUACGUCGGCGCGCGGACGCCCCUGGCCGCCCGCCUUGCUGCCCGCGCCUCCGGGUGA